AUGGCUUCUAACAAUGAAAGUUCCUCUCCCAAAUCCCAACCCCAUCUACCCCAGCAUCAAGCCCAGGGGACCGGCGUCGAGAACAAGUUCAAUAGUACAACCAAAGCAACCCAACAGCCACAAUCCAUCACCCACAAAAAGGCUACCGCUGCAGACUCCUCCCCCAUCGCUGAACAUACAAAUCCCUCUCACGCACAAGUCAGUAACCCAUCCACCUCCGAAGAGCAACAGCAAGGAGGUCAAUCUCACAAGGAGCACCAGAAGGCGUCACAGGCGCGUAAGGUGCAAGCCAGUCUUGCUUCGACGACGAGGCAUUCGACGGUCAAGAUGGUCGAUGAGCUGGGAAUAGAGGCUAUUGCCUCACUAAUCAAUGCACCUAUAGAUCGCAUAGCAUCAUCAACCCGCGUGUGA